UUUAAUGGCGACCGUUUUGUCUCUCUAAGGACGCUAAGAUGUCAAGAACUUCGAAACGACCCUCUUCUGCUAGAAGAAACAUAAAGAUUGAAACAUUUUCACCUUUCGUCAGUGCAACUCGACUGAGAAAUGUACAGAGUCUGCUGAAGGAGCAAUCCAGGGAUUCUGACAAACCGGACACUAUUCUGUGUAUAGCAGGAAUUGACAGCAGAUAUAAUGCAGGGAGUAUAGAGCUUUUUAACUACCUCCUGUUUGGAUUCUUUGAAACAAGAAAGGCAGAACUAGAGAAAUCUGGUUUUGAGGAGGAAGUCAUAGACGAUGUGGUAUUUGUAAUCAGACAGUAUGAAGUAGAUAUUUACUGUAACCCCAUCAACUACCAUUACCUUCUUCCCUAUGUCAGUCACUGGAGAAAUGUCCGCUUCCACUGUGUCACAGAGAAACAGUAUGAAGAUGAAGAAGAGUCUGGUAACUUUAAAAUCCAGUCAUUUAUAGAAAUGGUGGCUGACAGCAAGAUAGUUGGAAUACCAUUCAGUAUUGCAGGACAGCCACAAAGGUUUGACAAGAUGUUAGUGGAGAAAUGGCCCAUUGUGCAGGCCUAUGCUUUGGAGGACUUCGGAGGGAAAGGAUUUUUCACCCUGUCACAUGAGGUGGUGGAUGUUAGUGAGGACCUACAGUCCCUGUACGCACAGAUAGACCCAGUGUCACUAGAGAACACCAUCACAGAGCAACUGCCACUGCUGGAGAGACAAUGGACCAAUAUGAUCAAUACUGUGAAUGUGGACCUAUCCAAAGAUCCUAAAGCAAUAACAGAAGAAAAGAUCUGUGAGCCACUGAAGAGCUACUUCUUACAUGGUUUAGUUGGUGCCGGCUCCAUUGACAGAAGUCAUAAGGAGGUUCCAUUUGUCCUGUUUGGGAAGAACACCAAGAAGUCUAUAUUGGACAGUUUGGAGAGCGGAGGCAAGACUGAGAAGAAUCAUAUCCACACCACUGGGACUGGUAAAGACCCCGCAAAGUUUAUGAUAUGUAGAGGAAUUUCCCCACAUUCCACAUUGAGUUGUACCAGGACCUACUUCUUCACCCAGCUGUCAGAUCCAUUCCAAGGUUCCUAUGAUGAUUAUGUGGCUGAAGACGAGGAAACAAGAGUUCUAGUUCAGUUGUACUCGGCCAUGGUGGACAGUGUUAUGGAAGGGAUCCAGGUGUACACCAAGACACUAAGUGAACAUAAGGCCCGAGCUAUGGCUAUUGACAGAUUGUUAGACCAGUGUAAAAUGAUCACCAACCCCAGUAUACAGAAGUAUCUACAACGCAGGUCCAAUAUUGUGUUCAAGUUGGAGGCUGCCAACAAUGGUGGAUGCUCGUGUCCAGUAGUGGAUGGCCAGAGGUCACUGAAGAUAAAGACUGUGAGCCUCCUCCUCUCAGACAUACCCAGUGUGACUCAUCCUGGCAAGGUUACAGGGUCCCUGGCCUUCUCCGAGGUCUUCCUAGACUCUGUUGUAAAGGUCCAGAGAGAAGAUGGGACUCAGUAUUUGGAUAGCGAGAUAUUGAUCCUCACUGCUAAUUUCCCACGAUUCCAAGCAUGGCAUUUGAGUGGUGGUAAGAACAGUCCACUACCAGGAAUACAGGACAAGCUGAACCGCGGCCUGGGCGACCAGUGUGGAAAGUUGUUGAUAGAUGGAGAGUCUGUUUAUGCUGGUACAGCAAAGAACCUCUGUAGAUCUCCCAUUGAAGUCCAGCUGUAUGUGUAUGAACAUGCCCUGAUCUUCCUCCGACCUCAGUCUGGUGCUAUAACCAUCCUUAACAAGGAAACUCUACAGUCAGUACAGUUUUAUGACGGGGGAACUGGCAGUGUUAUAGCAGUGCUGUUCCUGGUUGUCAAGGAAACAGCCAAGUUGAAACUUCCAACUUUUUUGACCUCCGUGAACAAUCAUAUUUACUUCAGUUUCAUGCCAAAGUCAAAGGCCUACAAACAUAUGUUCUCAGAGGUUUUGCCGACGUGGAAAAUGGAAUCUAGUCUGCCCACUGUCGUAAGGUGUGACUCAUUACCCGAAGAAUACAGCGACACGUAA